CUUAAACAUUCACGGAUUUGAUAAGUUGGAAACCGAUUUUGCUAUGGCCACAGGGGAUGGGACAGCGAAGGUGAAACUAUGCGAUGCAUUGGUUCAAAACUUGGCUGUGGGCAAGGUCUACAGGGACCACAAGGGUCCAUUAAGUGGGAUGGAUUUUACUUACGACGGGCAAUUCCUUGUGACAUCCGGCGAGGACAACAGCGUCUAUGUGUACUCUUGCGAGAAGGCUUCGCGGGUUCGACAUCUACGUUGUGAGAAGUAUGGCAUAGCUUUGAUUCGGUUUCUUCACAAUGACAGGGAUUGUGCUGUAGCGGCUUCAAGAAACGAGGCUGACCAUCUACUUAAGUAUUGGGAUUUCCACGACAACAAGUAUCUUCGCUUGUUCCGGAGCCACACUGGCAAAGUCACCUCAGUCAGCCCGCAUCCUUACGAGGACUUGUUUCUCUCCGGUGCGGAGGACAAAUGCGUGCUGCUCUGGGAUUUGAGACAGGACCGGCCUGUGGCCAAAAUCAACGGGCAGGGCACAACUGUUGCAAGCUUUGACCAGCAAGGCUUGGUCUUUGCAGCUUGUGUGGGACAGCCAAAGCUGCAUCUCUUCGACACGCGUAAUUAUGCCAAAGGAGAAUUCACCUCCUUCGACUUGAGACCGCAUCUUAAAGAUCCAGCUCAUAGUGUACAGUUCAGCCCAUGCGGCAAGUACCUGCUCCUUCGUACCCCGUCCCAGAUGGUGUUGAUUGAUGCCUUUGAUGGGGAGCUUAUCUGCGAAUACCCUGUACAAGAGCAAGGCCCAUCUUUGCCCUGCUUUUCACCCGAUUCGCAGUAUGUCAUUUGUGGCAUGUCCAACGGCGACGUGUGCAUAUGGGGUGCCACAAAUGCACGACUUGUGCACAAGCUGGAGGGCCACACAGCCCUGCCGACUAGGGCCUGCUUCAAUCCAGCUCAUGCACUGGUUGUCACGGCGGCUGAAACGCUGGCUUGGUGGAUACCAGACACUGGUCCACCAGCAACUUGAUCCACUGAGUGGGUCUCGCUCGACAUUUGUUCAUGUGAUCAGUCUUAGGGUUACGCUCAGCGAUGCAGCGGAAAUGGCCGAA